AUGGCUAUCGUAGAUACUGAGGACGAUUGGGUAGACCCAAGGAUGAUUCCUGAUAGCAUGCCCAUUUAUAACAUCCCUUUUGAAGCUGACGGCUUGAAUAUUGAAGAGGUACAGAAGGGUCAGGUUGAAGAGUUCUCGGAUGGAAUUGAAGAGGCGAAAAACGAGGAGUCUGACUUUGAAAUUUACCAGGGUCUGCUCUACUCAACGAGGCCUCCGACACACGCUGAACCCGAAUAUCCUCGGUUGAUGUUACCAAGACAAUUUAGAGAGAAGGUGAUUGAAAACUGUCACAAAAACGUGGGGCACAUGGUUGAAACCCACAGUCUGAAAAGCCUGCACACCAUCUUGUCUACAGGGUCCCCACUUAAACCACUGACCUAUGAAUAUGUCUACAGGGAUAUUAAAAAAGAUUUACUUCUAGGAUCAAUAACAGGAGGAACAGACAUCAUAUCGUGCUUUGCUGGCCAGAAUUGCACUCUGCCUGUAUAUAGGGGAGAAAUUCAGGCUAGAAACCUAGGAAUGGCUGUGGAGUGUUGGAAUGAGGAUGAGAAACCUGUGUUUGGAGAAAGUGGAGAAUUAGUAUGUACAAAGCCUUUCCCAAGCAUGCCUACAUACUUUUGGAAUGAUGAAGAUGGACUGAAAUGUAAAAAGGCUUACUUUGAUAAGUUUAAAGGUAAACUGAAUGAUAUGAUAAAUACUGUAUUGUGA